AUGCAAGCACUUUCUCCGAAUGUGAUAUUGUAUUAUUAGUAGUAUUAUUAUGUCAUCCGCACGCACUUUUAUUGGCGCUUUUCCUGUAAAAAUGCCAAGAUUGAGCAAAGCGCUUUUUGAGGUCUACACUUUUGGCCCACUUGCAAUAAUCGGAUCGGACCUAAACUUUGCAGGCUUCUUGGACUAGCAUUGAAGUAUUUUGGUUCCAAGUCUCAGACCGAUCGGAGCAUCUGGUCCCGAAGAGACCAAGGUUUUCCCACAGCCAAUCGGUCUGAAACUUGGACCCAAUAUCCAAUACGCCUGCAAAGUUUGGGUCCGAUCGGAUCAUUGCAAACUGGCCAAAAGCCUGGGCCGUUCGGGCCAGACACAGAAUUAGAAUUAACUUUGUCAUUUUUCAGACCCCCUUCCAGAAGUGACGAAUCGUCUGAAACUGCUCUCCACCGAUUUGAAUCUCGAUCUUUCCGCCCUCUUUCUCGACGCAACCGACAUUUUGAAGGCGACGCGGACGUUCAGAAAGUGCGAAAAACCACGGACAUUCCGUUUGAAUAUCGAAAAUUGUGGUGCGGAGGACUUUUUCGCGAAUUCUCCCACAAUAGAUGGUUUCUGUUUUCCAGAAUUGGCCGCCGAAGACGACACAAAUCUGAAGGCGAUUUUCGACGAAUGUGUGGAGCUGAAAAUUGGAAAUACCACUUUUCAAAACGGAAUUUCCUCGUUGUUCGAUGUAAUUCUGACUGCUGUAAACUAUAUUUUUCCAGUUGUCUUUUGCUUUUUCUAGACGCCCAAACCGCAACUGUGCCGAUUGGAAAUGACGGUGCUCGAGAUGAAGAACGAGCAGAAUUUAUGCGAAAUUCUGGAGAAAUGUCCGAAUUUGACAACGCUGAAAAUGGCCGGAAUCGAGAUGAGUGACGUGGAGACGGCCGGGCUUUCGAAAAUUCCCGCCGUGAUUUGCGGUGAAUUUUUUAAAAACAAGUUUGAUUCUCCCAAACAACCGAGAAGAAAAAAUGGCAAACGUGGCCUAGAAAACUCCAUCGAAUCCUAGGCCAGGUUUGCCAAUUUGCGACGUUCAGCGCUUUUUCGAGCACGCCAUGCAAUACAGCUCAAAAAACGAGAAACGUACAUUUGAAAUUGACUGUCGCCGGCGGGGCCGUCUUUAAUUAAAUUGAUAUUUUUGCAGCGCUCUCUCACUUGAUCUCACUGGAUUUGAGCUACAAUUCCACGUGGAUGAACAAUGAAAUUUUGGCGGGAAUUCUCGGCGGAAUGGACAAUUUGGAAGAGUUGACGAUCAUUGAGACGAAGAGCGAUUUACAGUUUGAGGUGGGAGACUGUGAACGUUUUGUAGACAAAAGUCACCGAAUGUUUUGUAUUUGGAGCGCCUUUCUGUAGAAUAAUCGAUAAUUUUGGAAGCUUGCGACGUUUAAACCGUGUUGGAUUCUGGUAACUUGACUUGAGUCUAAUUAGACUAAAAAGUAGUGUUUGCAAUCGAGUUGUAGAAAUUUUGGAUUGUAACAAGAAAAGUUUAGAUUGCUAAGUCGAGUUGGCCGAGGAGAUUUACACGACAUUAUUGAAACAUUACUUCUUUUUUUUCAGUCCAACUGGCUGCCAUCGCUGCGCUCGUUGACCGCCCGCGGCUCGGAUCUUCGCUGGGAUUCCGUGUUCGGAAUGGUGUCGGUUUUGGAGAAGAUUCAAAAAAUCGAUAUUCGCUACGCACAAAUCGACCCGAUUCUUGUGGAAGAGCUCAAAGACGGAAUGCCGAACACGCUGAGAAUUUUGAUUUAA